AAAACAUGUGCAUUUAUUUAAAUGAGUUACAAACAAAAAUACACUGUAAAUGAUGUUGAAACCAGUGAAUUUGAUAAAGGUGCAGUGUUUAAAAGAUACAAAAAAGAUACAAAAGAAUGCAGUCAGAAUACUUUACAUACAGGGGAUCAAAAUAGUUCUGGCUCGUCUGAAAAAAUUAAAAAUGCAACAGUAAUAGAUAAGAAGGAAAACCCUGGUGUAGUUGGAAAAUCUUUUGCAGACACAUUUUCGUUUUUGAAAAAGACAGAUUUAUACGAGCUGCCUCCACAGCCAAAGCUGACUGAGGUGCAUACAGCUAAAAACAGCAAUGCUAUCAUUGUAAAUUCAAAGCAGCGAGGAAAUCCAAUUUUGAAGUUUGUACAUAAUAUCCCAUGGGAAUAUGGUGAUAUUGUAGCUGAUUAUGAAAUUGGACAGACAGCUUGUGCUAUGUUUUUAAGUUUGAGAUAUCAUAGUCUGAACCCAGACUACAUUCAUGACAGAUUACAGUUGCUUGGUAACAGAUAUACGCUACGAAUCUUGCUUGUUCUGGUUGAUAUAGAAAAAACUAAUGCAAGUUUGAAGAAACUUGCUAAGAUAUCAUUAUUAGCUAAUUGUACUUUGAUUCUUGCAUGGAGUAAUGAAGAAGCAGGUCGCUACUUGGAGACAUUCAAGACUUAUGAAAACAAACCACCUGAUAUUCUGCAAGAAAGAAUUGAUCAAGACUACGUGUCUAAGAUGCAAGAUAUUUUGACUACAGUCAAAUCAAUUAGUAAAGCAGAUGUCAUAACUCUGUUGUCAAACUUUAAGUCGCUAAAACAUGUUGCUAAUGCAAGUGUGGUUGAACUUACACUCUGUCCAGGUUUUGGUCCAAAGAAGGCUCAGCGACUUUAUAAUGCCCUUCACGAACCAUUUAAACGCGAUCAAAAAAAACUUACGUCCUCGCAAUCACCAAGCAAACGCACUAGUAGUAGCGUUACAAGCACUGUAAACGUCGAGUGUAAACUUAUAAAACCUGGAAUAAAUGUCGAUGCAAUGGAUGAUGCAAUGGAUGUAGAUAACACUGAAGAAAAUAAGAGCAGUAGUUGCAAAAAUACUGUCGAAGAUAAAAUUAAAAAUGUUGAUAGUUUAGUAAAUAAAGCCGUUAACUUAAUUACAAACUUAACUUCAAACCCGAUUUCCGAUUCAAACUCCGACGAUACCGCCGAAUCUAUUACUCAAGUUGACUCGAUUACUCGUGUUCAACCUAGUAAGCUAAUAAAAAACCUGAUUAACAAAGGUUUAGAGAAAGAACCUAUAAACAUUUAUGGUCAAAAGUCACACACGAAUUUCAUUACUGAUGAGGAUUACCAAGAGUUGAUUGCUGAUUCCGAUGAAGAAUAAAUUUUUAAUUAAACUCAAUAAAUAUAAAUAAAAUUGCUACCGCGAGACUGUUAUAAACAAAAUAAAAUCGCUUCAAACGAAACUUGAAAAACAUGAAUAAAAAAAUUUAAAAGAAAAUACGUGUGUAGAAGACACGCGCAUAUAAAGAUUAUCAAAUCCAUGCAAAAAGACACGUCAUGAUGAUACUCAUAAUCACGUAUAUAUUAAGAUGAUCAAAUGUAAAGUUUCUAAAUAUAAAAAUAUGUAUGGAUAAAAUUAAAA